AUGUCGGACCUAUCUGCCCUUCCCAAAGAUUGGAUUGUUACUUCAGGCCAGUUUACCAGAACGGCUUACCAGGAGGUCUAUCCCGCAAUUGACCCGACAAAAGCGGAUAAUUCUCUCGAUGGCAAGACACUGGUAUUGACAGGCGCUAGUCGCGGAAUUGGGGCGAGAGGUAUUGCCCCAGCCUUUGUGAAGGCAGGCGUCAAGGCUAUUGUGCUUAUCGCCACCAAUGUUACCAAACUUGGAAGUGUUGAGGAAGAACUGAAAAAGAUAAAUCCAAAAAUUGAGGUUCUCUCUCUGAGUGUAGAUAUUACAUCUGUUGAGCAAGUCUCCGAAGCCUGGCGUGAAAUCAACUCCAGAUAUCCUCAGGUCCACAUUCUCGUCAACAACGCCGGGGUCGAGACUACAGACAGUGAUAAGCCUCAUGAGCAAGAUCCUGAUGUAUUUUUCAGAAACUUUGAAGUCAAUCUCAAAGGCACUCACACAAUGACCCAGCAAUUUCUCAAGGCUGCAGUAACGUGGGCUACGGCCGAGGAUCCCGUAAGAGUGAUAAAUAUAUCUAGCUCGAGCGCCUGGGGUGUGUGGCCUUUUUUGGCCGCUUAUUCCAAUAGCAAGGCGGCUAUUAUCCACUAUACCACAACCGUUGCCGCCUCAUAUCCGGGAACUGUGCUUGCCAUCGCAGUGAACCCGGGUAUGAAUGACACUGAAAUUCUUCCUUCCGUGCUUCGGGAAGCUGGAUUCCAAACUAAUGACCCGUUGCUCACCGGUGCGACACUAGUCUGGCUGACGGCAGAUCCAGCAAGAAGUCGGUUCUUGAAUGGUAGGGUACUUACGGUUGAAUGGGAUGUGAAUGAGCUACUCUCUCGGAAGGAGGAGAUUACGAGCAAAAAUCUCCUGACCAUGCAGUUGAAUGCAACUCUUGGGGUCGAGCAAUUUGGAAACUGA